GCGGGGCGGGUUCCCGCUGCCGUCACUUGUUUUCCGCCGCUCGGCACCGCCCGGGCUCGGGGAGUCGGAGCUGCCGUCACGGCCCCAGUUCACAAAACCGAUCCCAUGAAUGCAGAUGAGCAGGUUUGGAUACAAACCCCGGGACAAGAACUUCUGUUGGUUGGAAGAAGUGAUGAGGACUCAGCAAGGAUUCAGGAAUAGUCGGAGGAGGUUCUGUUAUUUAUUCCAGGAAGCUCUUUAAAACGCCUGUUAUUCCCUUAGUCCUGUUACAUGGAGCCUUGGUCUGAAUUGAAAAAUGAUGACCAAUAGAGUAUGGAUCCCACAUCUUACAAACUCCCCCUCACUCAUUGUCAUGGUGGGUCUCCCAGCCCGAGGGAAAACGUACAUAUCAAAAAAACUCACUCGAUAUUUCAACUGGAUUGGGGUUCCCACGAAAGCAUUUAAUGUUGGGCAGUAUCGCCGUGACCUGGUGAAAACCUACAAAUCUUUCGAAUUUUUCCUUCCUGACAAUGAAGAAGGAUUGCAAAUCCGAAGACAAUGCGCAUCAACAGCGAUGAAAGAUGUGAAGAAAUAUCUCGAUGAAGAAGGGGGUCAGGUGGCGGUCUUCGAUGCCACGAACACGACACGAGAACGGAGAGACACCAUCCUAAACUUUGCUGAACAGAAUGAGUACAAGGUGUUUUUCGUUGAGUCCGUCUGUGAAGAUCCAGAAGUUAUUGAGACAAACAUUGUGCAAGUGAAAUUGGGCAGCCCAGACUACCGUGACUGUAACAAUGAUGAAGCAAUAUCUGACUUCCUGAAAAGGAUAGAGUGUUAUGAAAGCACUUACCAAACUCUGGAUGAAGUAUCAGAUCGGGAUCUUUCCUUUAUUAAAAUCAUUGAUGUUGGAAGACGGUACCUUGUCAAUCACGUACUUGAUCAUAUACAAAGCAAAAUUGUUUACUACCUCAUGAACAUCCACAUAACCCCUCGCUCCAUCUACCUCUGCCGCCAUGGUGAAAGUGACCUGAAUCUGAAGGGCAGGAUUGGUGGUGACUCAGGGCUUUCUUCCCGAGGCAGACUGUUUGCCAAAUCAUUAGGAAAAUUUAUACAGGAGCAAAACAUCAGGGACUUGAAGGUCUGGACAAGUCAGAUGAAAAGGACGAUCCAGACUGCGGAAGCCUUGAAGGUGCCUUAUGAGCAGUGGAAAAUAUUGAAUGAAAUUGAUGCGGGUGUCUGUGAGGAGAUGACGUACGAGGAGAUUCAGAUGAACUAUCCAGCUGAAUUUGCACUAAGAGAUCAAGACAAAUACAGAUAUCGCUAUCCAAAGGGUGAGUCAUAUGAAGAUCUGGUUCAGCGCCUGGAGCCAGUGAUCAUGGAGCUAGAAAGACAAGAAAAUGUUUUGGUCAUCUGUCACCAGGCUGUCAUGCGUUGUUUGCUGGCCUACUUCCUCGACAAGACAGCAGAGGAACUCCCAUACCUAAAGUGCCCACUGCACACUGUCUUAAAGUUGACUCCAGUGGCAUAUGGAUGUAAAGUUGAAUCUAUUUUCCUGAAUAUUGAAGCUGUCAAUACACACAGAGAAAAGCCUGAGAAUGUAGACAUUUCAAGACCUCCUGAGGAAGCCCUUCUAACCGUCCCUGCUCACCAAUGAGACUUGCUGCCUCUCCUUUCACCACUGCAGCCCUAACUGGGGGACAGCCCUCAGCUUCUAACCUCAUGAUGCAACUUGAGAUUUUAUUUCAAAUCCUUAAAUAAUACUGGAAAGAAAUGUUUUUACUUCUGGCUGUUCUAUGAAUUGUUUGUACAUUAAAUGCUACAGUACGCAAAAUAUUUUGGGGUAACAGUGCAAUGAAAUUUUGAUUGAAGAUUAUCAAAUCCAGUUUUAACCAGUGCUGCACCGAUCUGCCUGACCCAAGUGGACUGUAACCGAUGUCUGCAACCUGAAUAACUUUCAGUAGAUCUGUGAUUGUACAUGUAUUCAUCAUCUAUUGGACUGUUUACUUCUGAGAGUUUACACUGUGUUCUUUCAAAGCCACAAUACUUUAUAGUGACUGAUCAGCAUGAGAAAGUGAGCAGCCACCAUUUGGGGAAACAUUAAGAAUUUCAAAACUGUUUACAUGUAUUAACUCUUUUUGCAUUUGGCAUGUUUGUUUUAACCUGGUAUUGAGAUUAAUUUAACCUCACCCCUACUGUAAAAGCAGUGUAGCUAAGUAUGUGACUCAAAGCUGGAUAAUGAAAUGUACUUGAUCUAAUUUAAGAGGAUACUUACUAUGCAGAUGGUAAGUGGUAACUCAUUAUUGUGAAGUGAAUCCUAGCAAGUGAAAUGUAGUCUUAAAUGGGCAGGGACUAAGUUAGUGAAAUACCUUUUCUACAGUAUAGCUGGCAUUGAUUCAGAAGAAGUUGCUUCAAAGUGAUUGAUUACUGUGUAAAUUUGCUCUCAUUUCAGAUUGGCAAUGUUUUAAGUUUCGCUGAGCAAUUUUGCUUGGAAUAAAUAAUUUUAAUUAUGUAAAAGUUACAGAGAUGUAUAGAAUAUUCAAACUGCAAAUGAUCAAAAAAUAGUUAACAAUUUUUAUUUAUCACUGUACUGGUUUCUAAAUCUGUGCUGCUUCACUUAAAGGUGAUUUUAAUUACAUUUUGUAGCAUUUAAAUGUAAAUUCUUUGUAUCCAAUACAUUCUUGUCCGUC